AUGGGCACGAGUUGCGCUAAUGCCUACGCUAAUUUAGUCAUGGUAGCGUGGGAACAGGAAGAAAUUGUUAAGUGCAAGCAAGUUCUAUGUUAUAAGCGUUUUGUAGAUGAUUUGUUUUUUCUAUGGCAUGGCCAUGAAUCAUCUUUGAAAAUAUUCCAUGAGCAAAUAAAUAAUAGUAGUCCAUUCCUUAAAUUCACAUUAGAAUAUUCAAGGGACAGAAUGAAGUUUUUAGAUGUAUUGAUUCUAAGGUCUGAUGGAGGUUAUAAUACAACAGUCAGUCGGAAGGAGUGCUAUAGAGCUUCUUUCCUUCAUGCUACUAGUAUGCACAAACCAUCAACAUUUGCUAACAUAGUUAAGGGACAGGUUUUUAGAAUAUGUAGGUUAUGUAGUGAUCAAUCAUUAUUAAAUGAGGAACUGGCAAAUUUAAAAUUAUAUUUUUUAGCAAGGGGGUAUAAUGAAAUUCUGAUAGAUACCCAAAUAUCAGAAGUGUUAGCAGAGCGUAAUACUAGAGCCAAACCAUAUUUCUCUAGUAAUAAUGUACAAAUUAAAGAAGUUGACAAUACUGAGUCUCAUCAAAAUGUGAGUAUUAUUGUUCCUUUUGGGUCUAAUGUUAGUGGUUUUAAGAGAAUAUUUUAUGAAAAUUGGAACAUCUUAAUGGUUGAUGACCAGACAAGAGCAGUUGUGGGUGAAAAACCAAACUUUGUUUUUAGUAAUAUGAAAAAUCUGCAACAACAGUUAUGUUAUCGGAACACUACUAGUAUACCUAGACAUAUUAAUUCACCAAUAGGGGGUACUAAGAAAUGUGGGUCCUGUCCACAAUGUGUUUUUGUGGAUGAGUCAAGAUUUUUUAGGGACCCCAAUACCAGGCGACUUUGGGAAAUCAAGAAUAAUAGCACAUGUCGUACCCGGAAUAUAGUAUAUGUAGCCCACUGCAUCAAAUGCUUUAAAUUUUAUAUAGGUAAAAGCAAUCGAACCCUUAGAGAAAGAAUCAGGGAUCAUUAUUAUUGUGUGGCAAGGGGUCAUGACUAUAGUGCUAUUUCUAAACAUAUUUUAAAUGAAGGCGAAGAUCAUAAGUUUUAUUUUCAAGUGCUACACAUUCAGUACCCUAACAUUAGAUUAGGAGAUAUUGUUAAUCUCACCGAACAAGCUGAAACAAGGUGGAUUUUAAGAUUAGGCUCACAUAGGGGGUAUGGAUUAAAUGAUCAUGUUAGUGUAAAACCAAUACUUAAAGAGUCAGAAUUAGAAGAUGUUUCUGAGGCACUGGAUUUACUUUCUGCACCUGAGCUAAAAAUAUUAGCCAAAGCAUUUCACUUGGAAAACGCCAAUGCUCAAAAACAGCAGUUAAUACAAGGAUUUCUCAAACUGGCCAAGCAGCGUUCUGUCUUCAGCUUCAGCAAAAAACAGCCUAGUACUGCUGCAGUGAUACUAAAAAGGGCAAAGGAACUAAUUGGACCUUGUGUGAGGAUUUGUAGAAGCCCCCGAGCUGUUUUUUCUCGAUUGUUGAUGCUUUUUUCACUGUCUGAUUCAACGGAAGAAGAGGAUGCUGCUUAUGGUGGACAGAAUCAACUUUUUACUGUUCUGAUGGUGAACAUGGGUCGCCUGGCUUUCCCAAAUUAUGUUGUAAACCGGAAAACAAAAAUCUUCCAGAACCGUGAAGAUCUCAUAAGGUAUGAGGUCAGCAGGCACAUGUUGAAUGAUAUUAUGGUUGCCAUGGUUAAUGGUCAUUGGGAAGAAGCUUAUCAACUGUACAGAACUUCCAAAGAGACCUGGGAGGAGCUGAAACAUAGCACAUCCCUCGGAUGUCAUGAAAAGCUUCCUCUUUAUUUGAGGUGUUACACAGUAGGCUGGGUUUACACACGAAUUAUGUCACGAGGUGUAGAAAUUUUGCAGCGUCUUCGUAUGUAUGAGGAGGCUGUGGAAGAACUUCGUAAUCUUUUGUCACAGAAUGUUUACUGUUUGGACAGUAGAGGAAGAUGGUGGGAUCGGCUAGCUCUCAACUUGCACCAACACUUGAAACAAACUGAAAAGGCAAUUGACUGUAUAAAGAAGGGUUUGUCAGAUCCAGCUGUCAGGACUGGGCACCAACUUUCACUGUAUCAGCGAGCAUUGCGGAUGAGGGAUUCCCCAAGCUGUAAAAAGUUUCACAGCCUCCUUCAAAACUUGCCAGAGAUUACUGUUAAAGAUGUAAAACAUGUCACUAUCAAAGGAAAGCUGUUCCCACAAAUGGGAAUGGGGAAGUCUGUGUUUCUAAUAGAGGAUGCAGGUGUUGAAGAAGGCUGUGAAGAGAGCUCCUCUGCAGUGCUGUGUUCUGUAGAAGAGCUGGCACUGGCCCAUUACAGACAGCAGGGCUUUGAUCAAGGUAUUCAUGGAGAAGGCUCCACUUUUGCAACACUGUAUGGCCUUUUGAUGUGGGAUGUGAUCUUCAUGGCUGGAAUACCGGAUGUUUUCAGAAAUGCAUAUCAGGCAUUCCCUCUGGACCUCUACACUGAUACCUUCUAUGAGAAUCGACGAGCUGCAAUAGAAGAAAGAUUGAAACUCCUGCAGGAAGCUUCCCCUGAGGUUUUACAGCAACUCGUUGCCGAUGUAUGGAGUAGCCAGGAAGGCAGGGCUGCUGCUCUAAUUUGCUGGGAGCGUUUUUCUUCACUCCAGCAGGCUCAAAACCUGGUAUGCUGCUUAGGUGGGCCAUUUCUGAGUGGAGUAUGUGGUCGACUAGCUAAAGAUCUUCGACACUGUCGUGGUGGACUUCCUGACUUGGUGGUGUGGAGUUCCCAAAAUAACAGUUGCAAGCUGGUUGAAGUAAAAGGCCCCAGUGACCGUUUGUCCUUCAAACAGAUGAUCUGGCUCGAUGAGUUAAGUAAACUGGGUGCUGAUGUAGAAGUCUGCCAUGUUACUGCUGUUGGAGCUAGAAGCACCCGUCUCAGCUAGUUGUCAUUUGGCCGACAACAGUGAUAAAAAUAGUGCUCUCUUUUGUAACCGAGAACAGAAACUAAUACUACUGACUUUCUUUACUGAAAGAACUGUGAUGUAGUUUUAAGCUAAUCGAACUGUAAUGUAUUCUAAAACUCGCAGUCCAGAGUAUGUGUGUUAUGUAAGUUAUUCUAACAGUAUGUUCAUUUUUAAUAAAAAAAAUAAAAAAAAAGUGUGUCCAUAUA